CCACCAUAAGGAACCAGCAACCUCCGGUCCAAUGGCGUAUCGUCUCGUCCGUCUCAGAAUGGCGGCAGUCGUCCAUCCGCAGCGCGCCCGCACGCUCCCCGCGUGCGUCAAACCCCCUUUCACCGCGCAACUGCUUCUCCCCCUUACCAACCUUAGCGCGCUGACCUUCCGCGGCCUUUCCGCCACUCUCUCUCUUCGCGCCUCUCCCGCGCAACUUCCCGCGAGAAAAGCCCGGUCCCUCUAUUCCCCCGAUUCCCUUCUUUCCGCCGUUUCCGCCGUUCCCCCCGACUCCCCCGUUGCGCGGCGACUACCGCCUUCAGCCGUGAGAGGAUCGACCCGCGGAUCGGCUUCCAAUGCCGCCUCCUCCGCUCCCGCGGAGUUGAGUUUGGCGGAAGUUUCCGCGCAGCUGCCGGGAGAUCUGUCGGGAUACAUGGCGCGAGUUCGCGAGUGCAACGCGGGGCAGGAGCGGCGGUCAGAGUUCAUUCCCUUCGUCGUUGGCGGGGAGACUGUGGGCUACAUUCACCACAGCUUCUGGCAGCACCUGGAGCCAUUCAGAGACGUCUUUAGAAUGCACAAUCAAGGCGGAAGCAUCACUGCCACCAACACCACAGCUGGUGGCCGGGUGCUUACCUUUUCUGACGGUCUGGAGGCAGCAGGGCCUGCACAGCGGACAGAGGCAGUGGGAGGGGUGCUGCAGCGAUUGAGAGAGGAAGGGGUCAUAACCGGGUGGAGAGACGAGCUGUACCCAGUGGGCUCGUCCUUCCACGCGCCACCCGCCUUCCUCAUCGAGCGGGCAGCAGCGCCGCUCUUCGGCACCAAGGCGUACGGCGUCCACAUGAACGGCUACGUGCUGCUUCCGCCCUCUUCGGAUCCUUCCUCGAAGCAUCCCGCUUCCCCCUCCCUGCACCUGUGGGUGGCACGGCGGUCCCCCUCCAAGCCCACGUUUCCCAACCAGCUGGACCACCUUGUGGCCGGUGGGCAGCCGCACGGCAUCAGCUGCCGGGCCAACAUGAUCAAGGAGUGCGAGGAAGAGGCAGCCAUUCCAAGUCACCUGGCGGAGAGGGCAGUGCCAGUGGGAGCAGUGAGCUAUGAGGUUGUGACAGAGGCCAACACGCUCAAGAGGGAUGUGCUCUUCUGCUAUGACCUGCAGCUGCCGCCAGACUUCAACCCCAGAAACACAGAUGGGGAAGUUGCAGAGUUCUCCCUCAUGCCCAUUGACGCUGUGGCUUGUAUCGUGGCCAACACUAAGGAGUACAAGGCAAAUUGCAACCUCGUGAUUAUCGACUUCCUUAUAAGACACGGCAUCAUUUCUCCGGAUUCAAAAGGCUACUUAGAGCUGCUAACUGGCCUUCGGCAAGGCUCCUGUACCUGAUUUGCAUCAGCGCUGGAAAAAUAACAAACAUAGCCAUGUGACAAAGCGCCGUCAGAUUCAAUCUAGCUGGUUUUCUCAGCGGCUGAUUUUCCACGUUUUUUUAUACAACUGAGGAUACAGUUCGAUACACUGUAUAUCGCUUUGUCCAGCCUUGUUUUAUGUUUGCUUUGGA